UACCAUUUGUCAUAUGUCAAUGAACCAAAAAGAUAAAUGCUUUUUUAAAAAAUUGUUAUACCAUACAAAUUAUUAAAAAUAUAUCAUAUUCACUUUUGGCGUCCAAAACAUCAGUUGUUGACGGUUAAACCCUAAACAAUGUCGCACAACACAGAGUGGUUAUUCGUGGUGCUUGUUGUGGUUCAGGCAAAUUGGGCAAUAAAAAUUAAGUUCACCAAUUUGCAGUGUGACGAGUACGACAAGCCAUUCGCCAACUUUGAGAAAUGUCGGCUUAAGGCAAUAGAUCGCCAUAGAGUGGCCUUAAAUGUUACCGUCGCCUUGCAUCAGAUACCUGUAAAUAAUGUUUCACUUAAUGUACAACUACUGAAGAAAGGCAAUGGUUACAGGCCCUUCAUGUAUAACAACACCAUGGAUUUUUGUCAGUUCUUAAAAACACCAUCGCGUUAUAUGUUUUGGAAAAUUGUAUUCUUACGUAUGGUGAGACCAGCCUCGAAUAUUAAUCACACCUGUCCAUUCGAUCAUAACAUCAUUGUCCAAAAUUUAAUUUUGGAUAGCUCCAUGUUGGACCUUAUACCAUUUCCUGCAGACGAUUACAUGAUGCGCUUUAAAGUUGGUGCCUACAAUCACUACAAGGCCGAAGUUCGUGCUUUUAUUCAAAUUUAUAAUUGAACAUAAUAAGUUGACUUGUAUAGAAGUUAAAAAACUUUAUUAAAAAUAGAAAAAGACAAAGUCAACAUAAGAA